AAUGAAGAAAUGGAGAAAUAAGAAACAAAAGGGAAAUGAUUCAACUAUAUUAUCGUAUGGAAAAGCUUCACUUGUGUCUGAAAAUAAUAAAGAUAAUAGUCAGGAGCUGAAAAUAAAUAUUCCGUCCAUGUCUUUAUUACCAGUUUUGAAGAACAUUUUAUUCUGUCAACGUAACAAGAAACAUCAUAAUUCUCACAUAGGCAUAGUAAGUUUAAACGUAUUUACUGGACUCUCUACGCUAUUUCCAAACGAGAAAGUUGCUUGUAUUAACAUAUUUGGACAUAAGUUAAUUCUUUUGUUACAUCCAGAAUCUGCAAAGGAAGUGUUACGUAGGAACAGUUUAAUCAAUAAGGAUUCUAUUUAUGAUUUCUUCAAGCCACUUCUAGGAGACAACAGUCUUUUUUACAGACAUAGCACUAGGAGUUUCUCUACAUUCUCAGACCACAAACGAUCAAGAAUAUGUGUCUGCAAUACACAGAAUUCUGAAAUAUUUUCCUGAAUGGGUAUUAAAUCCAAUGUACUGGUUUUCUCCAAUUUUCUUCGUGAGUAAAAUAGGAAGAAAUUACAAGAGGGAUGUUGAAAUAAUUCAUCGUUUCGACGAAAAGGUGUUCAAGAGAAGAAAAGAAAACUUUGUAAAGAAAAUGCAGCAGCAAAAUUCCUUAAACAAAGAAACACGACGUGAAAAAGAACCAAAGAUGAAAACAAAACACCGUAUUAUCGAUUCUUUGUUGGAUCUUCAUGUCAAACAAGGUUUAAUGUCGGAAGAAGACGUUAUCAGAGACAUGGAAGGCGCUAUUUUUGCGGGUCACGAUACAACUGCCUACGCUAUGUCAUGGACUCUUUAUUUGCUGGGAAGAUUCCAUGAAAUACAAGAAAAAGUGUAUAUAGAAUUGCAUGAGAUUUUCGAAAACGAUAUGAAUAGAGAUAUAACAAUUGAUGAUCUGACAAAAAUGAUGUACUUAGAAUGCAUAAUUAAGGAGUCGAUGAGAAUUUAUCCUCCUGCUCCUUUUAUUGCAAGAAAAAAUCCUUCGGAAAUGAGAAUAGGUAAUUACGUGUUGUCUGCAAAUUCGACUCUUGUCAUAAGUAUCUAUGGUAUUCAUCAUAAUCCUUCUGUUUACGAAAAUCCCGAAGUGUUCGAUCCAGACCGUUUUCUACCUGAAAACUAUAAAAAUCUUCAUCCUUACGCAUUUCUGUCAUUUUCUGCCGGCCCACGAAAUUGUCUCGGAAGUAAACUUGCCAUGAUUGAAAUGAAAAUAGUUUUGGCAAAUGUUCUUCGAAAUUUUAAAGUCUACUCUUUGGAUCCUCAGGACAAAAUCGUUACUUCAUACGCAGUUAUGUUGACCCCAAUACCGGGUAUAAGAAUGCGUGUAGAAAAAAGACUAAUGUUGUAAGAUAUUAACUAAGAUGAAUAGUACGUUUGGGUAAUUUUUGUUUCAAAUACAGUAUAUCAAUAUAAACACAAGCCUAUAUCAUAUAAU